AUUUAUUUUUUGUUUGUAUGCAAGAUAUGAAAUUGUACAAUUUUGUAACAAAUAUAUAACAAAAUGCUCCACUUAAAUAUAUUCAGAUGAUUUUUUCUAAACAAAGUAUUCCUUUUUUCUAAUGCGUAAUACGUAUGUAUUACGUAUACGAAAUACAUACGCAUUGCGUAUGUUAUUAGUUAAUUUUCGAGACAUAAUUUUCUGAAAUUAAAUAUUUAAACUACAAUUUUAGAGGGUAGAACGGAAGUUCCAUCUCUUGCUACUUAAUAAAGCUCAAAUCAUUUUUCCCGCCUCCAAACAAGGUCACAUUGGAUUUUAACCUGUUACUUUGUGUACGAUUUUCCAGACAUUUGAAUUAAUGCCACCGCGGCUGCCACUCGCACCGUUUAGAAACCUACUGCAUCUUGGACGCGGAUCUAGAACUAUGAGCUCCCAGCCAACUGUAUACGUGACUCGUCCGGAUGUUGAUUCCAGCGGUUUGGAACUUUUGCGUAAGAGCUGCCAGGUGAGCACUUGGAAUGAGGCCCUGCCUGUACCCCGGACCGAGCUUUUGCGGCAAAUUGCUGGAAAGGAUGCCUUAUACUGCGCUUUGACUGAUAAGAUUGAUAAGGAAGUGCUGGAUGCUGCUGGUUCCCAGCUCAAGUGUGUGGCCACCAUAUCGGUAGGCUACGAGCACAUUGACGUGGAAGAGUGCAAGAAACGUGGCAUUCGCGUAGGAUACACUCCGGAUGUCCUAACAGAUGCCACGGCGGAGCUAACGCUUGCCCUUCUAUUGGCCACCAAUCGGCGCUUGUUCGAGGCCAACAAGCAGGUCUAUAACGGAGGCUGGAAGUCCUGGGCCCCUAUGUGGAUGUGCGGCCAAGGUCUCAAGGGAUCCCGCGUAGGUCUCUUUGGCUUUGGACGCAUUGGGCAAGAGAUUGCGGCACGCAUUUUCCCCUUUAAACCGUCGGAGAUAACCUACACGACCCGAACGGAACGUCCCAAGGAAGCGAAGGCGGUCAACGCCCGAUACGUAAACUUCGACGAGAUGUUGUGCAACUCGGACUUUAUCGUUGUCUGCUGUGCUUUAACUCCGGAAACCAAGGAAAUUUUCAAUGCCGACGCUUUUCAGAAAAUGAAAUCGAACUGCAUCUUCAUCAAUACAGCCCGGGGAGGAAAUGUAGACCAGAAGGCUUUAUAUGAGGCACUUAAAUGCAAACGUAUUUUGGCCGCUGGCCUGGAUGUGACCACUCCAGAGCCGCUGCCACUUGAUGAUCCGUUGUUGACGCUUGACAAUAUUGUUAUCCUUCCCCAUAUCGGCAGUGCCGACAUCGAAACCCGCAAAGAAAUGUCGAGGAUAACAGCACGAAAUAUUUUAGCUGCCCUUGCAGGGGAAAAAAUGGAAUCAGAAGUUGUACUAUAGACUAUUGGCAUUUUUUGGAAUUAUUUAGUCAAAUCUUAUAAUUUUUUUAAUAUGCAGCUGUUUCCGUGUUUUCUAGAAAACCUUGUGUAAUGGAACACCAGUCCAUAAAACCCAUGCGCAACAAUUAAACUGAAAUACAAUUCUAAAAGUGGAAUAAAAUAUCAAUUAAUUGAAAUAGUAAA